AUGGCGCACUACCAGAAUGGUUAUCCAUCCUACAAUCAACCGUCCGGUUCCCCACCGAAUCCUACCCAGCACAACCGCUAUGAUCUCUAUCCCACCCAGCCGACGAGCCCACAGUUACGAAGGAUGCCCAGUUAUAAUGUGGGGGACGACGCGGGUCUCUUGGGCUCCCCUAAUUCCCAGAACGUCAGGUCCACCGAGGUGAAUGCUCGCUAUCCGGGCUGGAAUGCACAGGCAGAGGGUCAAUCGAGCUACAAUGUCCUGAAUACUGGACGCGAUGACUACGCAGACCCUCGAUACGCGCACGUCCCUGCGCCCACUUCGCCUCAGUUGUCGCGCGCCCGGGCUUCCUCGCAAUCAAGUUACCAAUAUCAAUAUACCUCGUCGGUCCCGGCUGCCACAUCACCUACCCAGCAUGCAUAUAACCCUCAGCAGUAUGCCUUGCCCCCUACACCAUCGCAGCAGCAGGUAGGCUUCAGCCCGCUGGCGUAUACUGGGUCCAGCACCUCGUAUAGCAGCGCAACAGCCACCGGUCACCAGCCUUAUAAUCCAGCCGCCUACCAGCCUGCUAGCUUCGUCGCAUCCCCCGUGCAAAGACAGCCAACCAGCGCUUUUGCACAUGCCCCCCCUACACCCCAAACUUGGGGCCCUCCCCACCCGCAGUUGCCGCCCCCUCCACCUCCUCGGGGACCGGACCAUCCAUAUGGAAGCCGUCCUUCCCCCCAGUAUGGAAAUGCUUCGCCAGGUAUGCAGUAUGGGUUCACAACCCAGCAGGCAUCAUCCUCAACCACACUCUCAUCUGGCUCUUUAUCCUACGGCACAGCAUCACCUUCUACAACUAGUGCUACCUAUAUAUCUGCCAACAGCUCUUCUACUGCUGGUUCUGCGAAUGUUGCAAGCCACCCCUACGCCGGAGGUGCCCAAGUUCCAACCUACAUGCCGCAGUCGCCGCCCCACCCUGGAGAUGUCACUACUUCGUUCGAUGAACAGCCUCCUGCACCGCCAGCUCACUCGACACCCACCGAGGAAGCCUUCGGCAAGCGGUCUAGUUUGACACGCCCCGGAUCAGGCCGAUCCCUUCCAACACCGCCGAUCUAUCCCUCUCAAACUCAAAUGUCACCGCGUAGAACAGACACUUUGACCCGACACCCGCAGUCGCGCCCGUUACCUGGCCCACCAAUUGAUGCAGAUGUAGAUUCAGAGCCCUAUAUGGCUGCCAACGGACAUGGAAGCCGGGAUAGUCGACCAAGUACUAGGCCUGGCUAUGAUGAGCUGAUGCAACAGGUCGAGGCUGCAGUUGCGGAUCGACGGACGGCUGGAGAGUCUGGCUAUAGCUUGGAUUCAUCACAUGUGAAUCCUCACAGUGCAUUGGUCCUGGAACCAUCGAAUAGCGUUUCACCGGGCCCGCGGCUGUCCCCUGACGAGAGACAUACUCACACUAAUGGCAGCAUCGCCACUGGCACUGGCCAAUAUGUGAACUACGAUGCGUAUAGCGAUGAUAGUGAUGCGGAGGCUGCUGCAGGUCUAGCUAUGCUGCAAAUGGCAGAUGAGGAAGACAAAGCACAAGCCGAACGCUUGCAAGACCGUGCGCGACGGGAGACGACUGCUUCUAUCAUAAGUGCAUAUGGAUCGCGGUCAGAGAAUCGCGUACCGUCUCCUCAGCAAGAUUGGCAGCAGGAUGAGUUGGGGUCAUAUGACGACAACUAUCGUCGUGCUUCACAAUAUGACGAGACGGAUCACUACGCAAAUGGCCAUAAUGAUGAUGCUGGUCAUCCUAGGCUUGCGCCCUCUUCCGGCUCUAUGAGAGGUUCUAACCCCUUUGCAGACGGGCAUGAGGAGUAUUCGGAUGAUUACGACUACCCGCCUACAGCGCUCGAUGAUUCUGGAUAUCCGUACAAUGACAUGCAACAUCAUGCACGAGUGGACGCUGGUGGCACCGGUGGCCUGUCGGAACCUGGAGCGUACGGACGCCGGAUGAGUUUCGAUUACGGUGAUGAGACCGACGGUCCCUUCUCCGAAAAUAAUGGUUUGCAACACUCGGGAAGUGAGAGCUCAGGCAGGGGAGAGGAACCUGGGGACCUCUUCUUCCAUCCUGGCAUGCGACCGCUUCCACCGGCUCCCGUAGAGCCGGCAAGUAAUCCGAACUUAAUGUCGCAUUUGAUGCCGGCAGGGACAUACCGGCAUCACGAGCAGGGUGAUGGGCGGGGCUCUACCCAGUAUACAUCUUCCCAAUUCCCUGUUGCUCCAGAUUCGUACGCUUCUUCGACCGUGUCCAGCCCUACCCAAGUUCCACGGUCGACUUCUUUGUCGAGUCAUCCAAUUGGACCUCGUACUGACCCCCCUAUCAGAUCGAAAACCGAUGCAGACCGGGCGAAGUAUAAACAGCAACAGGAGCUAUUACGGCAGCAACAGUAUGGCGCGCUCAAGCUUGACGUUUCCCCGGAUGCUGCUGCUGCCAUGACGCUUGAUCUGCCCACCAUCCCUGCGGGACGCCGUAAGAAGUUCAACCCAACAAAACUGUCUUCAGAACAAUUCCGACGCUGUACGGAGCCAUGGGCGUUAAGCUCCAUCCUAGCUUGGAUUCGAGAGCUCAGCGAAGAUGAGACGGAUCUAAAGGAACAUGCGAUUGUUGAGGCAAUUGUUGCUUUGUUCACCCACAAAGUACCGACGAUGAAUAUGGCCGAUGCAGAAACUUUAGCCGCACGGGUAGUCAAGAAUAUGCUGGCGGAGGGAGCCUUGGUGAAGGAUGAAGAAUGGGUCAAAUUCAGCACUGGAAGUUUGUCAGGCGUCCUAUUCCAGAUAACGGGCACAGGGUGCUACUCCUCCCGCCUUCACGAACAGGAGGCGGAAGUGUUCGGACGUUGCUAUUCGCACCACUGCAUGCGCACUUUGAAAAAGGUCAAUCUCAAAGCGCAGAUGAUGGAGCCGGAGAAGAAAGCAGAAGACUGGGUGACUUUUUACAAGGUCCCCAAGGAGGUGUGGGAGACGCACUCCAAGAAAGAGAUCGAUCGACAGAACAAUUUGCACGAGAUUGUGACAACCGAAGAUUCUUACAUUUCACAACUGGAUGUUUUGCGCGAGCUCUAUCGGGAUCAGCUGGCAAAUAUGCAACCGUCGGUAAUCGCACCGAAGCGCCUGAACCGGUUUUUGAACGAUGUCUUUGGGAAGGUGGAUGCUGUCAAAAAGGUCAACGAAGACCAUCUCUUGGCUCAACUCAAGUACCGGCAGAAAGAACAGGGUCCAUUCAUUGCUGGAUUCAGUGAUAUUUUUCGGGAAUGGAUCCGAAAGGCAAAGAUGGCCUAUGUCGACUACGCGGCAACGUUCCCGAAUGCCAAUUACGUGGUACGCAAGGAAGCCGAGAGGAACGUUCAUUUCCGGCAGUUUCUUAGCCAAGUUCGUGACCACAAGCUGUCGAAUCGUCUCAGCUGGGACACGUACCUCAAAGCUCCCAUCACUCGUAUCCAGCGGUACACCCUGCUCCUCUCGACAGUGCACAAGAACAUGGUGAAAGAUUCCGAGGAGAAGGCAAAUCUCGCACAAGCGAUUGAUGAGAUCAAGAUGGUGGCACUUGAAUGUGAUCAUAAGGUGGGUGAGAUGAGUAGGAAGGUUGAUCUCAUGGAGCUUUCUACCAAGCUCCAGCUCCGUCCUGAGAUGAAGAAGGACGUUGAACUCAACCUGGAGCAUCUGGGCCGCGAAAUCGUCUUCCGGGGAGACCUGCAGCGGCCAGGGACACGGACAAGAUUCUUGGUGGACACUCACGCCAUACUCUUCGACCAUUACUUGGUCCUUGCGAAGGCCUUCACAGCUAAAGACACGUCGAGAAGUGUGAAAUAUGAGAGCUACGAUGUGUCCAAAUUGCCAAUCCCCAUGGAUCUUUUGGUUCUUGAGAGCACCAAUGAUGACCCGGUCGUGAAGUCUGCGGUCCGCGGAGUCGUGGCGCAAUCACCAGCCGCCGUUGCUGGCCGUGGUGCUGCCGGCGGGCCUUUAACCCAUACCGCCAGCGGCAAUUCUGGCAGCUCGGGUAACUCGAACGGAGGCAGAGCUCUGGUACCUGCCACGGUUCUGGAGAGUUCCAAAGACGAUAAAAUCCUGUAUCCGUUCAAGGUUAAGCAUCUCGGGAAAGCCGGAACCUAUACACUCUAUGCUUUUUCGGCCCAAAACAGGCAAGACUGGUGCGACAAGAUAACCGAGGCGAAGACCAAACAUGCUGCCGCCUUGUUCGCGCAGAAUGCGGAGCCGUUCAGGUUGCGUGUUCUCGCUGACACUGCAUUUGGCACCUCCGACAACUCGUACAUCCCUACUGGUGUUAUUAUUGACGGGACGCCUCUUGAUCGUGCUAUUAAGGACGUGGAAGAGCGGUACCAUGGCUCUCCACGGCCGGCGCCAGUUUGCCGGACUGGCGUCCACUGUGCCACUGUUUUCCAGCAGCCCCCUGGUCGGAUGAGAUGCGCCAUCGGCACUGACUAUGGUGUGUAUGUUUCGGACUACAAUGACCCUCGUGGCUGGACUCGGGUUAUACCCAUUGUACGCGUGACACAAAUUGCUGUCUUCGAAGAAUUCAACGUGUUCCUGCUCAUUGCAGACAAAUCGCUGAUUGCUUACCACCUGGAUGUUGUGUGCCCUCCGAGCGGCGUUGCAGCACAGGCAACAACGGACUCCUCACGUCGGGCGCCGCAGAAACUAUCGGGCAGUCGAGAAGUAGGUUUCUUUGCAGCAGGGCACAUGAAAGACCGGACUUUGGUCAUGUACAAGAAGCGAGAUGGGUUAUCGUCCACUUUCAAGAUACUUGAACCAGUCGCGCAAAAGUCGUCGAGCAGCAGAAGCCGCCUUUUCUCUCGUCGUUCGCAGACGGAGUUCUUCCGGGAGUACGAUGAAUUCUACAUUCCCGCCGAGAGCUAUGGCAUGAAUCUCUUCCACUCUUCCUUGGCGAUCUCCACUCAACGUGGCAUCGAGAUUCUCACGAUCGACAAGAAACAUACGUGGUCGGUCCCCGAUUUCCGAUCCGAAGCCCCUCCUGAAGCGCAAGCCCAUCUGAGCAGUAUAGCCCAGCGGAUUGGUGCUCUACGCCCACUAGGCAUGUUCCGCCUCAGUGACAGUGAGUUCCUGGUCGUAUACACUGAAUGUGCAGUGUAUGUGAACAAACAUGGCGAUGUGUCGCGCAGCGUGGUCAUGGAAUUCGUGGGGCAUGCCCACUCUGCAUGUCUCUACGGAAGGUUCCUCAUCUUGUUCAAUGAUGACUUCGUUGAGGUGCGUAAUGCAAUGAACGGCCGCCUACGUCAGGUAAUCCCAGGCCACGGUGUGGUCUGCCUCGACGAUGGCAGCCACAUGCCGGGUUCUGGUGCAAACAGCAUCCCUACAAGCGCCGGGGGUGCUGUCAAUCUCUCCAGCGGGUUAUCCAACGGUGCUUCUCUGGCAAACAAUGGCCGCACCGUGAAGAUAUGCAUGCAACAUCCCGAAUACGAGCGAAGUCAAUUGAUUCUCGAGUUGAUCGAGAACGAAGGGCAAAAGGACUAA